AUGAGAAUACUGUUAUCGCUGUCGAUCUUAGUCCUUGUGGCGGCGGCAGUAAUUGCUGAGCCCAAGGAGAAGAAAUCAGUACAAGUUGAUGAUAAAAAGCAAACGAAACGUGGACUACUCAGUUUGGGAUACGGAUACGGAGGAGAUUUCGAUAAUGGAUAUCACGUAGGCGAAGGAGGAUACGGUCUCGAAGGUGGUUACCCCGUAGGAUUCGGCGGUAUCGAUUUAGGACAUUCGGCGGCUGUAGAAAAAACUAUAACCGUAUAUAAAGGUGUUCCGUUACCGUAUCCCGUAGAAAAACAUAUCCCAUACCCGGUUACGAAACACGUACCCUACCCCGUAAAAGUUCUAGUCCCACAACCUUACCCCGUAGAAAAACACGUACCCUACCCUGUAAAAGUACACGUUAAAGUACCAUAUCCCGUACCUCAACCCUAUCCCGUUGAAAAACUCGUCCACGUACCCGUUAAAGUACCAGUCGAUAGACCGUAUCCCGUAAAAGUUUUAGUACCUCAACCGUACCCUGUAGAUAAAUACAUCCAUGUACCAGUCAAAGUACCAGUUCCCCAGCCUUACCCAGUAGAAAAACCCGUACCGGUGCCGGUUAAAGUUCCAGUUCACGUACCACAACCUUACCCAGUUUACAAACAAGUACCAGUACCUGUUAAAGUACCCGUAGAUCGUCCGUACCCAGUCCACGUACCUCAACCUUACCCAGUACACGUAGUCAAAAACGUACCAGUACCAGUAGAAAAACCAGUACCUUACCCAGUUAAAGUACCAGUCGAUAGACCUUAUCCCGUAACUGUAGAAAAACCGUACCCUGUGGCGGUUAAAGUACCAUACCCAGCUCCGUAUCCAGUAGAAAAACCAGUACCGUAUCCAGUAGAAAGACCUGUACCUUAUCCCGUUAAAGUUGCCGUUGAUAGACCAGUACCGGUACAUAUCGAAAAACCAGUACCGGUUCCGGUCGAAAAACCUGUACCAGUACCUGUUAAAGUACCAUACGCAGUUCCGGUAGAAACCCAACACGGAUACAGCCACGGAAGUUACUCAGACAGCUACGAAGGCGGUUGGGGAGAUUACCGGCACAAAUAA